AUUAGCUUUCCACGCUUGUUAUUCUGUAGCUCUGACACCUGAGCGAAAGCCGUGCUGAACUCCUGGAAAUGUUCAAAUGUUUCCUGUUCUUAUGGGCAGUCAGCGCGUCUCGUAGCACCAAACCUCUAAAGAUAAAUUGGGUUCAUUCUUGACUUCCUAUAGCCUUCGCAUGUUUUCAUCAUUUUUUUAGUAAGCAUUGUCGCAAACCAGCUUCAGUUUAAAACACAUUGUUGCCGAAUAAAAAGAGGUUUUUGACUAAACAGCUGUUAUUUUCAGUAAGACCUGUAUGUUUGGCAACAAGCAUUACACCCCAAAUGAGUUGGCGUUAAAAGUCAAGCAGAAGAAGCAGAACACCGGUAAAGGUGGUAAGAAGAAGAAGCAGGUUCUGAAGUUCACACUGGACUGCACCCAUCCAGUUGAAGAUGGGAUCAUGGACGCUGCCAACUUUGAGCAGUUUCUUCAGGAGCGCAUUAAGGUGAAUGGGAAAGCUGGCAACCUGGGCGGUGGUGUGGUCUCCAUUGAGAGGAGCAAGAGCAAGAUCACAGUGUCCUCUGAGGUGCCCUUCUCAAAAAGAUACCUGAAGUAUCUGACCAAGAAGUAUCUGAAGAAGAACAACCUUCGUGACUGGCUGCGCGUCGUGGCCAACACUAAGGAGAGCUACGAGCUCCGCUACUUCCAGAUCAACCAGGAUGAGGAAGAGGAAGAGGAUGAAGAUUAGCUUGACAAUUCAUCUGAUUUUGUACAUUUAAAUAAAUGUUGUUUACAAUACAGAG